AUGUCAACUGUGAGUCGUACAACAGCCAUUAAAAUUGUGCUUUGCGGUCCCAGUAAUGCCGGAAAGACUUCCAUAACGAAACGAUUUAUAACUGACUCAUUUGAUGAAUUUCAAGAUACAACAGUCGGAUCGGCUUUUUUCUCCAAACAGUUAUACUCAAAAGAACACAACACAAAUGUUCGAGUUGAAGUGUGGGACACGGCUGGUCAAGAAAAGUACCGCGCGAUGGCCCCAAUGUACUUUCGCCACGCUGCUGGAGCUUUAUUAGUUUUUGACGAAACAUCAUUGGACUCUUUUAAAGAACUUGAAACUGUCUGGUUACCGGAACUUUUACCACAUAUGAACAAUAAUACAGAGUUUAUUGUGGUUUGUGGGAAUAAAUGCGAUGCUGUUGUGAGUGAUGAUCAGCGGGAGAGUGUGCGUCAAGCAGAGGAGGUAUGCCGUAUGAAAGGCAUGACAUUCUUUGAUACUUCUGCAAAGAAGGGACAGAAUGUACAUGAGGCGUUUCAAGGUCUGGUGGAUCGUAUACUCUCAAAACGUGAGAAGGAAGCCGCGGCGAGUGGUGCUGAAGAAAAUAAAGCUGAUGGACGUGGUAAAGGUGCAAACGCCAGAAGAUUAGCAAACGAUAAAAAUAACAAUGAAAACAGUACAAAAAGUCGAUGUUGCUGA